AUGCCGAAGCAGAACAAAACAGGAAGAAGGUGGUGCUUUACCAUGAAAGCAUCUGGGGUCUCUAUGCUGGAGGUCUUCAGCAAAGACCCCCGAGUACGAUACGCAGUCUGGCACAUUACAAAGAAGGAGGAAACCAGAGCCAGGGGAUACGUUGAGCUGAAACCCCCUCUUAAGCAAACAGGAAUGUGCAAAAUUCUGGGUCUAGAGAGUGCUGCAUGUCCUGCGAGAAGGCCCCGGGAGGAGAUAAUUGCAGAAGUUUCGAAUAGUGCAGGCAUGUUCUGCGGGCCCUUUAGCUACGGACAAAGAGAGCUGAACAAGGGCGGCCGUCCCCGGAGAAGCAAGGCCCCAGAGAGCAAAUACAUCAUACUCUCCUCGUACAUUAACACAUAG